AUGAGCUGUGGGAACAUUACUGUGGGAGUCGGUGGACGCCGAGAACGCCGCGUCCGGUCGUUUUGCCUCCUCCCGCUGUCCGGUUCCGACCACGAGAGGCCGUGGGUGAAGGUGCUGCCUGUCAGCCUGCUGUGCGCUGGGCUGUUGCUCUGGUGUGCGUUCAGGGAAAAAACGGAGAUCGAUGAGCGACUGGAAGCAGUUUUCUCCGGUCGGACCGUGGACUCUUUGGAUGCGGCCCAGAAAAGCAAUGCUCCCCUGCAACCGCGGAAGGAGAAAUGAGGCCGUGAGUGCCGGCUGCAGUGAAGGGACUGCCAGAAGUUUGCUGGUAUUCACCUGGUUAAAAGCUGUACUGACACUUUAAUGGGAAAACUUGUUUUUCCUGCCGGUCGGCAGCCUUAUCUUGCAAGCGUGACUCCAUGUAUCUUGCCGCCUUCUGUGCCGCUCUUAGCUUAGUAAUUCACCCUGGUGGCGCAAGGAGCGGUCUCUUCCUGAGUUGCACAGUAGGGGUGAGCAGGCUGUAUUGCAAAUUCACUUGCGUUUGAAGAUACGUUUUAUACAACCCAUCUCCUCCAUGGAUUUUUUUUCUUAGAUGCACCGUGUAUUAAAAUAUCAAAGCUGUAAGUCUGUAAAAUUGCUGCUGAAGGUGACCUUCAUUUGACAUUUUGCUAGUCACAGAGUAUGUUCGACUUGCGACUGUAAGUGUAUGAUUCAUUAAUGUGUGAUUCUUUUCUGUUCUGAUUUUUUUUUUUAAUUCUACCAAACAAUGUAGAAAUUACUUCAACCCUUAAUGCAUAGUCGGUGCUCACUUUCUGGACUAGAACAAUGUAGUAUCCAGUUUUUCCUACGGAUUCAUAGAUACUCAAACUUGCAUACUCUGGAGUCUUUUCUUGGGGAGGAAGAAUCUAAGCUACUAAUAUGACUUAGUUCCCUUCAAAGCUGGAGGCAUUUGUUUAAGCUUUCAGAUGUGAAAAUGCAAAACUUUUUUUGUGCCAUUAAAAUUCCUAAUUAAAAAACAGAACAAAAACCAAACCAAAAACCCCAAAUGAACCAAAAAACCAAAUGUGGCAGCAGCUAGUAAGAUAUGCUGGAGCUACCAAGAAAACUGACUUAGUGUUGUGUUCAUCGAAUACUGCUGCUUAGUCUCUGAAGAACAUGCACCGUGGCUUUUGGUUUCACUGUAGAGUCCCUGCAGUUUGGCCAGGUGAUACCUAGGAAAUGAGUACUGUUGGUUUGGUACUGUCACAAGGCUUAAUUUGUCUUGGGAUUCAACUUUUACUACAGUAGAAUGCUGCAAGUGAGGUCCGUGCAGGGGGUGUCCUGGCGAAUAGAAGAGAGAUCCUGGAUUUUAUUUAUAUUGACCUAAGGCGUAACGCCUGUUUCUCUAGCUUUCUUUCUCCCCUAUCUAUUAAAACAACGAGCCCAGCAACGCACUCCUUUGUUUAAGGAAAUAAAGACCUGCCCCUUCGUGUGUGCCUUGUUUUCGGGCGAUGCGAUAGAUGUUUAAUAAAGAAUACCUGUAAAACUGU